AUGGCUCUCGGAUUCACUCACCUCCUCGGCCUCUUUGGCGUACUCCAGGCGAUCAGCGCUGCCCCUGCCACCUCUUGCCAGCUGCAGUGGGGCGGUGUCACGAUCGAUGGCCACCUCGGCGACAACAACGUCUGUCGCUACAACAUCAAGUACGGCUCGGCUGAGCGCUGGGGCGAGUCCCAGGCUACCGCUUCGCCUGCCGAUGGCUCCGGCCUGCCUCCUGCGUGUCCUCAGGGCGGCUUCACCUACUUCACGGGUAAUGUGCCCCAGAGCGAGGACUGCCUGCACAUGCUGGCGUAUGUGCCUCAGAACGCCGAUGCCAACACGCCGAUCUUCACCUGGCUGCACGGCGGUAGCUUCCGUUUCGGCGGUGCUAGCAUGUCUGGCAUCGACGGCUCCGCUCUCGCCGCCAAGGGCCAGGUCGUCUUCGUGCCCCAGUACCGUCUCGGUAUGCUCGGCAUGAUGCCUCCCGCCAGCAGUUCGACGGCCAACGAUCCGAAUCUCGCCCUUCGCGACGUCGUUCUUGCCCUCAAGUCCAUCAAAGACAACAUUGGCUCCAAGGGCAACAAGAACGCCGUCACUCUCGGCGGCCACUCCAGCGGUGCGCUCAUGGUCCGUACCCUGUGGUCGAUGCCCAGCGCUGCGGGUCUCUUCCACCGCUCCAUGCUCCAGUCCGACCCCAGUGGUCAGGGACUGUCAACGGUGUCUCAAUACCAGGCUGUCCGCAACAAGGUCUACGGCUACGCCUCGCUGAAGGACAAGUCUCUCGCGGAGCUGAAGAGCGCCAACCCUUCGGUCUUCGAGGAAGCGAUCAACACCCUCCUGUCGAGCCUGCCGUACGAUGCCUGGCUGGACUCUCCCAACCUCUCCAUCAAUCCCGUCUAUGGCACCGCGUCUCUUCCCAGUGACCCGACCGCGGCUCUCGUCUCGAACAAGGGUCAGCUGGCCGUCAACCCCUCGAACAUGCCCCUUUUCGUGUCCACCACCAAGGACGAGGCGGCUUACCUCGUUAGCGGAUACUGGCCGAACCCGAUCCCCCAAGGCUACGUGAUGGGCGGUGGUAACAAGGGUACCAUCGAAUACAACUCAGUCAUGCAGGGCCGCUGCGCCAACGGGUUUGAUCUCCGCACGCAGGACACCUACUGGAGGGACUCGGCUCCCGACACUGUCCGUCGUGCUGUGUCGCUGGCUGUCACCGACGGAGGGGUCCGCUGCUCUUCCCGCGCCGUGGCUUCGGGCUGGGCUCAGAAGGGUGGCCAGGCGUUCGUUGCUGAGUUCACCAAGGGUGCUCCUUUCCUCUACAGCCAGUCGUCUGGUAGCAGCUUCUGUGACGACAAGGUUUGCCACGGAGCCAACGAGGUCGCCGACAUCUGGACCAAGUUCAUCCACGGCCAGAGCAUGGGCUGGAACGCUUACUCUGCGAACGCCAAGCAGCAGAACACCAACAUCAAGGCGAUUGGCGGCGGUUCGGUCGCCAACUGCCCCAAGUCUGGCUCGAACGCCUUCUGGGGUACCAAGUGCACGUGGAACUGGCAGUAA